UCUUCUUUAUUCCCUCCUCUCUCUCUCUCUCUCUCUCUUCAUUCAGUUUCUUUUCCAGAGCGAGUCAGAAACCUAGCCAUGGAUUCGAGACCUUCCAAAUCGAAGCCCCGGGUCGACUUCCUCAACACCAGGAACAUGAAGCGCUCCUCCUCCUCCAACUCGGACUCGCACCACGCCCAGCUCGACUCGCCCCACUCGCCGCUCCGAUUCCACUCCCCGCUCCGCUCCGACCAGGGCGACCCGGCCGAGUCACCUCCCUACUCUUCCCCGAUCAAUUCGCCGGAGAAGCCCACCCCUACCUCCGCCGCCGACAACUCCAAGGCCGUCGUCGCCUUCGACAAAUUCACUCACUACACUCCGCCGCCGCCUUCCUUCAACAAUGCUGCGCCGGCGGGGAAGCAGCAGCAGCAGCAGCCGGCUCCGCCGCCUCCGUUCCCUCCCAUGGGAGCGACUCUGAACCGCGCGGUGAGAGAAGAGGCGGCGCCGUCGGUGAGGAAGGUAGGGCCGGAGGGCGGGAGAUCGGGAGGAGACGCCGUCGGGUCCGUACUGCGCCGGUCGGGUAAGGAAGAGAAGGUUCGGCUCGCGGAGAUUUGUUUUCGGAUUGCGGAGCUGGCUCUCUGCCUGAUUUCGUUCUCGGUGAUGGCGGCGGAUAAGACUCAGGGUUGGAGUGGGGAUUCGUUCGACCGCUACAAAGAGUAUAGGUACUGUCUGUCUGUGAAUGUGAUUGGUUUCGCUUACUCUGCAUUUCAAGCGUAUGAUCUCGGCUACCACAUGGGUACUGGGAAGCAUGUCGUUCGCCACCAUCUUCGCUGGCACUCCAAUUUCUUCAUUGAUCAGGCACUGGCUUACCUUCUGAUCUCCGCAUCGUCAUCAGCAGCAACACGAGUCGAUGACUGGCAGUCGAACUGGGGCAAAGAUGAAUUCACAGAGAUGGCAACCGCUUCGAUCGCAAUGUCGUUCCUCGCUUUCGGAGCAUUUGCUGCCAGCUCCGUCAUCUCCGGUUACAACUUCUGCCACCGGGAAUCCAUCUGACAACACACACACACACACCAGCGAAUCUCACACGGCAAGAAACAAAAUAAAUGGGGGAGGCCAACAGAUUGAGGAGAAUGUCGAACUGCAAUACAGUCAUUUGUAAGUUGUACAGAGAUAUAGAUUGUUCACUUGGGCCUAGCAAUGGGCCCGCUGGCCUGUGUUGUUCAGCAAGCGGAGAAACGAAAACCUGAAAACUAUUUGUGCCUAGCAAUGGGCCGGCUGGCCUGUGUUGUCGAGGAACUGGGUUCUUAUGUUAUGGUCCAGGGCCGUGUAUUCUGAUAGCGGUGAGUAGUACAGCAAUGAGUUGGGCUGGGC